CGAACUCACUCACCCUGGCUGUGAGUUCGGUCAAAGCAAACCUAUCUCCUCACCUCAUCAGUCUGGAUAUCAGAGAAAUGAGAAGCCGAUAGCUACAGGUUCAGUCUGGAUUUACAUGAAGAUAAUUCAAUCUUCGGUUUUGGCUCAGCACUUAUACCUGAAUCAUGAACCUAUGAUCGUGCUACUUUGAAUAGGAUUCAAAGCUGUUCAUUUGCAUUUGCACUGAGGCACGAGGCAAAGCUUUUAUUUGUCAGAAGGCUGGACAUGAAUACUCAGCAGGAUUUAUCCACAAACUGGGCAGAGAUGGACUUCCAAGCACAGGAGGUGAACCAUGAGAUGAUGGACAACACCGAAUCUCUUUGCUCCCAUGCUUUCCCAGGGGUUUCAUAUGUGCGUGGACACGAGUCUGCCGCCCAGCGCUACAACGUGACACGCUUACAAGCAGGUUUACCAAACAGUAUGGCAGACUAUCUCAUAAGUGGAGGCACGGGCUAUAUCCCAGACGACGGCUUAUCUGCCCAGCAGCUCUUUUCUGUCGGAGAUGGUCUCACCUACAAAUCAGGACAGGAGUCUGCCCAAGAUGGGCUCACAGCCGAAGAGCUUUGCUCUAUGGGCGACGGUAUGACUUACAAUGAUUUUCUGAUCUUGCCUGGCUUUAUUGACUUCACAUCAGAUGAAGUGGACUUGACUUCAGCAUUGACCAAAAAGAUCACAAUAAAGACCCCGCUUAUCUCCUCUCCCAUGGACACCGUCACUGAAUCCUCAAUGGCCAUUGCCAUGGCACUCAUGGGAGGGAUUGGAAUUAUUCACCAUAACUGCACCCCAGAGUUUCAGGCCAACGAAGCACGCAAGGUCAAGAGGUUUGAACAGGGUUUCAUCACUGAUCCAGUGGUGCUUACACCUCGGCACACCGUAAGUGACGUACUUGAAGCAAAACUUAGACACGGAUUCUCUGGGAUCCCCAUAACUGAGACUGGCAAGAUGGGCAGCAAACUGGUCGGCAUCGUCACAUCACGAGACAUCGACUUCUUGUCCGAGAAAGAUAAUAACAAACCUUUGGGAGAGGCCAUGACUAAAAGAGAAGAUCUGGUAGUUGCUCCAGCCGGUGUCACUCUGAAGGAGGCCAAUGAUAUCCUGCAACGCAGUAAAAAAGGUAAACUGCCCAUCGUGAAUGAUAAAGAUGAGCUGGUGGCUAUAAUCGCCCGCACAGAUCUGAAGAAGAACAGGGACUAUCCGCUGGCCUCCAAAGACGCACGCAAACAGCUGCUGUGUGGUGCAGCCAUAGGAACCCGUGACGAUGACAAGUACCGUCUGGACCUGCUCGUGCAAGCAGGGGUCGAUGUAGUAGUCCUGGAUUCUUCCCAAGGCAACUCUGUAUACCAGAUUGAUAUGAUCCAUUACAUCAAGCAGAAGUACCCAGAGCUGCAGGUCGUGGGUGGAAACGUGGUUACAGCUGCUCAGGCUAAGAACUUGAUUGACGCAGGCGUGGACGCAUUGAGAGUGGGAAUGGGGUGUGGUUCGAUCUGCAUUACACAGGAAGUCAUGGCUUGUGGAAGGCCUCAGGGCACCUCUGUGUACAAAGUGGCAGAAUACGCUCGCAGAUUUGGGGUGCCAGUCAUCGCAGAUGGAGGCAUCCAGACAGUUGGUCAUGUGGUGAAGGCUCUCUCCUUGGGGGCAUCUACAGUGAUGAUGGGCUCUCUGCUGGCCGCCACCACAGAAGCUCCAGGCGAGUAUUUCUUCUCUGAUGGGGUUCGACUGAAGAAAUACAGAGGUAUGGGCUCUCUGGAUGCUAUGGAGAAGAACACCAGCAGCCAGAAACGCUACUUCAGCGAGGGUGACAAGGUGAAGGUGGCUCAGGGAGUGUCCGGUUCAGUGCAGGACAAAGGCUCCAUCCAUAAGUUUGUGCCAUAUCUCAUCGCUGGGAUUCAGCAUGGAUGCCAGGACAUCGGCGCAAAAAGCCUCUCGGUUUUACGCUCCAUGAUGUAUUCUGGAGAGCUGAAGUUUGAGAAGAGGACAAUGUCUGCACAGGUCGAAGGAGGGGUACAUGGACUUCACUCUUACGAGAAACGUCUUUACUAGCGGAGAGGUCGGAACCUGGAUGAGAAAUAGUGACCAAAUACCUGACAAAUCUGUUACCCCAAACGUACCCCACAGCACCCCUUCUCUGAUCUUUACGACACAAUGACCACAGUGAGAGAUGGAGAAGAGUAUUAAACUGUUUUACAAGUUUGAGAGCAGGACCUCAAAUGAAUUCAGUCCCCCAAAACACGCCAGUUGCACUCGAGGGAGUAUCAGGGUUACUUAGAGCUGCCUGUUUGUAUCCGUGUUUAAGCAGACCAACAAAAACAGAGGAGCUAGCCUUUUUGUUUCCUCCCGAACCGAUGCUGCGAUCACAUUGAUGUGUUUAAAGUUUCGGCACAUUUAGGCACAUCAUCGCAGCAAGUCCAUAUCACCAUUUCCAUUUGCAAACUGUUGACUGCCAUGAGACCAAGUGGUCCAUUUAUACUUGAGGCAAUUUUUUCUGUAGUCCAUUUGUAACUACUGAAGAUGCUAUAUGAUAUAUUUUUAUUGUAGAAGGAAGAGAACCGAGGUACUUAAAUGGUUGUAUUUAUGAAGGUAAAAUGUCUACCGGUGGGACAAGUCUGUUAUCUUCUUGGUGUCCAGUUUCCUGUAAAGAUUCAUACAGAACAUAAUUAUACCAAAACUAUCUAUAUACACGGUUUCAUUGUUGUGUCCUGAAAUUUUUGACCAAAAAGCUGGAGCUUGUAUUUGAAGGUUUUCUGAAGUUUUAAGGUCAGGCUGACUUUUUAAUGCAGACUGGAAGAUGAAAUGUUAAUGCAAUUCAGAUUGUGGUGUAAAGAGUUUUAUUGUGCAUGCUUGUACGGCAACGUUUUAUACUAUUACUGUCAAGUGCAUUUUUUUUGUUUAACUUUUGAUUAUAUCUAAUCUUUACAAAAGCCAAAUAAAUGCUUUGAGUUCCUGGUCCUCUUA